AGAGAGAGAAAAGACAACCUGGCUUCUGUACACAUGGAAAAUUCCAUUGCCAAAAUGCAACUUAAUACUUAUAAUUAGAGAGAGAGAAGACCCACAAAACCUUGAAUUCAGGGUCAUCUUGCAGAAAUAGAUAUAGACAGUCAGACAGAUAUAUAAUUUUACUAUAUAAUCAUGGAUGCCGAUAGUGGUAAUGGAAAUUCUAAGCGCAGGCCAAAUUUUCCACUGCUAUUGCUUGGGAAAAGAGAAGAAGAGGCAUGUUCAAGCUCAAAGAAGGCCGGAACCGGUUCAGAACAGCCCAAAAAGCCGCCGACAAAGAGAACUACCACCAAGGAUAGGCACACCAAAGUGGACUGCCGUGGACGGCGGAUCCGUAUGCCUGUAAUUUGUGCUGCUAGGGUUUUUCAGCUUACAAGAGAGUUAGGUCAUAAAUCUGAAGGUGAAACCAUUGAAUGGUUGCUUCAGCAGGCUGAGCCGGCGGUGAUUGCCGCCACCGGUACUGGAACUAUCCCUGCAAAUUUCACUUCAUUGAAUAUAUCAGUUAAGAGUUCAGGCUCCACCAUUUCGGCGCCGUUAAGGAAUAGUUUCUUCAAUCAAAAUUACCCGGUUAGCUCUCAGUUGAGGACCACUGAAGAAUCACAGAGGAAAUUUUUGUUCCCUGAGAUUGGAUUAUCAUCUGAGAAUGAGACGACGACAGUGGAGGGAGAGACCAGCAUGGGAAGAAGACGGCGGCCGGAGGAAGAUCUGCAACCACUGCUUCAAACACAAAUGGGGAGUCAUAAUUAUAUGUUACAAUCAAGCACAAGUUCAAUCCUGGCGAGUCAAGGCCAAAAUAUUCCGGCGACGGCAUUUCUUAUGGUGACAAAUUCUAAUAGCCAAAUGAUGAGUAGUAGUACUGGUAACUCUUUGUGGCCAUUGGGAAGUUCAAUGCAUAGUGGUGGAUUACAUUUUAUGAAUUUUCCUCCACCAAUGGCACUCUUGCCGGGACAACAACUGGGCGGCACUGCUGGUGGUGGUGGUGGUGGUGCGAUGGUGGAUGGCCAUUUCGGCAUGCUUGACGCACUCAAUGCUUUUAGGGCAAUUCCAAGUAGUAGUGCACCGUCGUCAGAUGCACAAUCAAGCGAUCCUGACCAUCCAAAUCAUAGGUUUUGAUUCUUGAAGGCACUCAAAUUCUGCAAAGUUGCUCGUGGGCAGUGGGCAAAAAGCAGUCUUCUGGGAUUUCUUAAAGAAAAGUACACUUUCGAAGUGGAAAUUUUGUGGGCAAAUUUAUUGAGGGUUUUGAAUAAAGAAAUCUUUACUUUCGCACGAAUCUUUACUUGCAAAUGCAUAAUUGAAAGUAGAGCUAUUGAUUUGAGCUUCUAGUUUCUCUAGAUUUUGAUGCAUUACGUAGUGAAAAUAUUGGCAACAGUAAAGAUUCGUAUAUUAUUUGUUUACAAAUGCAUAGUUAAUUGUUUAAGCCUUUAAGGCCUGGAAAUUAUUUGUAUAUUGCUUAUUUGUUUACAAAAUUUACUCCUAUGUGCUAUCGUUAAUUACUCAUUCU